AUUGUGAAUAAUAAUGAGUGUGGUAAACUUGUUUAGGAACAGCCAUGAAAUUAAUGGGCUUUUUUAUAUGGUUUUCACAAUUCCUGUAUGACUCAGGAGUCUUAGGGUGUUAUAUAAUAAUCGUUUAUUCUCAGUUGUUGGACAGGUGAAGGAAAGUCACAUCUUGCCAGACACAUGGAGUAAAGCAGCUUUAUAUCACUUCUCUCCAAACAGCCACGUAUGGAUAUUUAUGCAAUCACGGUGACACUCAGAGAAAAUGUCCAUUAUAGCAAAUGCAUUUUACCAUGCUGUUCAAAAAUGCCACAGGCAGUCAUCUGACAGUUCACACUGCAGCUGAAUGUAAUGUAUGCCAGAUAUCAAGUCCAGCCAGUUUCUAAGUUGUAAUGAUUACACAGUUUUUGAUUUAUCACACACUUACGGUACACAAUUUGUUUCUUACUGUGUGAAGUACUUCACCAUAAGAACUGAUGUGCGAAGAUGGCUGACUGGAGUGGAUCAACCAGACAACAUGCAGAUGAAGAUCAAGGAAGUUUAGGAUUAUUUGAAAGAAGAGGAAGCAAACGUCAACCUAUGAACCUGUCUGUGAUUAAAGAAGAGAUGAGAAUAGUUCUGCUGGGAUCACAUGCAGAUGUUAAAUUCUCGUGUGGAAACACAAUCUUUGGACGAAAGGUCUUUUCAGAGUCGCCGUCCUCCCAGCAUUUGUUUGAGAGGCAUGAUGGGAUGGUGUUGGAGAGGCAUUUGGUGGUCACUAAUACUCCUGACCUGUUCGGUCCUGCUCUCUCUCCUGAAGAACAAGACGUGAAGAGACGCUUCCAUCUGUCUCGUCCAGAGCCUCAUGCCCUGUUACUAGUCCUGAAGUCUGGCACAUUUUCAGAGCAGGACACAGAUGCCCUCAAGCUCAUUAAUGUCAUUUUUGGUGAAGGAGCCUCUGAGUAUGUGAUUGUGGUCUUCAUGCAUGAGGAACAGGAGUAUGUGAGAGCUAAAGACUCUGACACUGAAUCAGUUAAGUCUCUGCUGAAGAUGAGCAGACGUCCACACCAUCAUCUACAGAGGAAUGGAGACCAAUCUCAAGUGCAGAAACUUCUGGAGAGCAUCGAGAAGAUGGUGGAGGAAAAUGGAGGCCAUCAGCUGAAGAUUCCUGAAGACCCAAGACCGUUCCUGAUGAAAGAAGACACAGUUUGGCAAACAACAAAGAAGAUACAUAAGGGGCCCAUGCCACAGAGGUUUCACCCAAAGUCAGGAAAUCCCAGAAAAUUAGUGCGAUCAAAAUCCUCUGUUGGUUCUGAGAAGAGCUUGAAGUGUGCGAGGAUCGUCCUGAUUGGAAAAACUGGAGUGGGAAAGAGUGCAACUGGAAACACCAUCCUGGGACGUGAUGUGUUUCAGUCAAAAUCCAGCAUGAAAUCUGUGACCAAGACAUGUCAAAGAGAGACUGGAGACACCUGUGGUCGACCUGUGACUGUGGUGGACACACCAGGACUCUUCGACACAAGCCUCAGUAAUGAAAAGAUCCAGCAGGAGAUCAUGAGAUGCAUUGAACUGUUGGCUCCUGGGCCACAUGUGUUUCUGCUGGUCAUCGCUGUCGGCCCAAUCACACAAGAAGAGAGAGAAACUGUUCAGCUCAUCAAGACGACCUUUGGACAGAAAGCAGAGGCCUACACUAUGGUGUUGUUCACACGAGGAGACAGUCUCGCAGAUCAAAGUAUUGAAGACUGCAUUAAAGAAGAUCAACAUGUCCAACAACUGAUCCAUGACUGUGGAGGAAGAUUUCAUGUGUUCAAUAAUAAACAGAAAGAUCCUGCUCAGGUCGUGAAUCUGUUAAAAAAGAUUGAUAAGAUGAUGUGGAGUAACAACCCCAGUUUCUACAGUAACAAGAUGUUUCAGGAGGCCGAGAAAGCAUUCAGACUCAUGCAGAUCAAUAGAGAGAGAGAAGAGGAGGUCAGACGAGAAAUCGAGGCCAUUAAAGCUAAAUAUGAGUCUGAAAUCAAAGAAAUUCAAGACAAGCUAGAAGAGGAAAGAACUAAAGGAAAAGUUAGAGAAUUUCUGUUUGUGGAGAGAGAGAUGACACUGUUGAGACAAAAGAGAGAAAACACAGCGACAAUAAACCCUGAACAAACCCUUGUUGAGAGAAACAAUGAUGAUCAGAUUGAAAAGCAGGGAAAUCAGCUUACAGGAACAACUGAUCUGGACAGAGAGAUACCAGACACUGGAAGAGAAUCUGAUCAAGAUCGUAAGAAACAUGUUAAAAAAUGGAGGGGCUUUGAAUCCUUAAAAAGAGGCAAAAGGCUAAGGAAAAAGAUUGAGAGGACAGAAGAAAGUAAAACAAAAGAAGCAGCAGGUGAAGAAGAGAAAGUAGAAAAGAUGAAAGAUAGAGUCACAGACCAACAGAGCAGUGAGGAUUUACCUAACAACUCUGCAGAUAAGAGAAACGCAGAGAAAGAACAACUACAUCAGUAUUAUAAAGAAAUGGAAGAAUGCAGGCAGAAGAUGGACGAGGCCAUGAGGAGAUACAAAGAGACGGCUGAUAUGUAUGCUGCAGAACACAUGAGAAUUGAAGCCAGAAAUGCUGAAAUCAUUGACAGCUGGAAGAAGGACCAUGGUAAAUCCUGUGUCCUUCAAUAAGAGGCGAAAAAAAUGUUGGAUAAAUACUUAUUUUUGCUUCAUAAGACGUUUUUGAAUAAUUGAAUUCCCUUGUUGGGUUUCAUUUUGUUGGAAAUUUCUGUUGCACUGUCUGUAUUAAACAGUUUGGGCAUUGCAAUACUACAGCAUGUCUGGUCCACGCUACACUCCUCUUUAUCUCCCCACACUGACUAUUGGUCGCAGCUCACAUCAAGUGCAAGACAUUAAUGCUUGCAUACAGAAAUUUAUAUCAACUUCAGGAAGCCUGCAGUCUUUGAAUCACUUUCCAGAAGCUUCUUGUUCACUGUUCCUUGCUGGUGAAAUGAUCUACUUAACCCUAUCUGGACAGCCAAAUCCCUGACAGUAUUCUAGAAGAAGUUGAAAACCCAUCCGAUGAGAAAUUAACUGUCACCUAUUGAAAAAGAAAAAUCUUACUCUAUUCUUUCACUAUUCCUAAAUAUAUCCUUCCCUUUUAGCUCUUCUGGUGUUUAUUGCCUCUUUCUGAUGAAUCUUUGUAUACCCAAUUAAGUUGCUUUGGAUAAA